AUGGCAAAAGACGACGUCUCUCAGCUGGCUCAAGGAUCAAGUUCUGCUUUUAAUAAAAGAAAGCAGCAAAAACAGGUGGGUAAAAUAGGUAAGGAACAGGCUGAGCAGCCUACGUUUCAUAAUUUUGGAUUUAAUCAGCCUUUCUACUCUGUCGCCAGUUCAAUGCUGCUUCCUUCAAAAGUUUAG